AUGGAACUCUCAGACUCAUUUCGCCUCGUCAACCUGGCGGUCGGCGUCAUCAUGGUCCUCGGCGGCAUAUCGCAGUUCUUCACCGAUAACGCCAACGGAUUCCAAUCCUUCAUCGUCGGUGUCUACGUCAUCCUCUUCGGCGCCGCCAUCGGCCUGCUCGAGUUCCAGAUCCCGCCCCAGGUCUCGCGCUACGCCUCGUUCCUGUUCUCCUUCAUCGGCCGUGGCAUCUUCUACAUCUUCAUCGGCUCCAUCCUGCUGAACAACAACGCCCUGCGCAUCAUCGCCGGCUCCAUCGUCGGCAUCGUCGGUGUUGCCUACGCCGUGCUCGAGUUCAUCCCCUCGAUCGAGCCCCCUGCCAACAUGCGCGAGGCCGAUGCCGGCUGGGGUGCUGGGCAGGUCUAG